AUGUCGUUCCUCCGCAGCAGCCUUACACAGACCUUCCGCGCUCCUCUGCGCACUGCUAUUGCGCAGCGCACGGCUGUCCGUUCGCUGGCUACUACGCCUCUCCGCUUCUCGGAGCACCACCAGCCCUUGAUCCAGGGUGACGGCUCGAAGCCGGGUGAGAUCGCUUCGGACGAGCAGCAGAGCACUGGUCUCGAGCGCUUUGAGCUGAUGGGCAAGCUCCAGGGUAUUGACGUGUUCAACAUGGAGCCGCUGGACGCUUCGCGUUUCGGCACGAAGGCCAACCCUAUCAAGGUGCAGAGCAUGGCUACUGAGCAGAUUGUUGGCUGCACUGGUUUCCCGGCGGAGUCGCACGAGGCUGUGUGGCUCACUCUCUCGAUCGACAGGAAGCAGGGCCGGUGCCCGCGAUGUGGUAAUGUGUACGAGCUCGAGUACCUUGGUACCGAGGACCACCACUAA